AUGCUGUUUUUUUGCAAGAAUGCUGAAUUUAUAUGGAAAGCUGCUCCUAUUAGGUGGGAUGGUUUGCAGGAAUUCAGACACAAUUUCUGGCAUUGGUGGAAUGGUCUUAUGGAGGCUCAAAAAAGGGUGGAGGGGAGAGACCAUAUUGCUCUUACUAUAAACAUCCUGUGGCAGGUGUGGAAGGCAAGGAAUGGAGUUCUUUUCAAUAGAGAAAAAAGGUGCCCGGGUCAGACUGUAAAUAAAGCAGUGCAAGAAUGGUUGGAGUACAGGAAUAUUGGUUCUGAAGCUAAUAUGAGCAGAGGAACUGGGGAUGGUGCAGCUAUGGUAGGUGGCAAAUGGACUCCUCCUCCCAAAGGUUUUAUUUGUAUGAAUACUGAUGCUAGUUUGCACAUGCAAGAGAGGAAAGUUGGAUGGGGGAUAGUGGCAAGGAACGAUGAUGGUGCCUUGGUGGGGGCCUGGGCAGGGAGUGAAAAUAGAAUUGGGGAUCCGGCUGUGGAAGAGGCUAUGGCAAUCAGGAAGGCCUUGAUCAUUGCAAAGCAGAAGGGUUGGGGGAAGAUUGUGUUACAGUCGGAUUGCAAAGCAAUAAUUGACAAACUUAACGUAAAGAGUGCAGAAUAUCUAAGUGUGGGAGUCAUUCUGUUUGAUAUUUUAAAGCUCAGAAUGGACUUCAUUGAAUGUUCCUUCUCCUUUGUCAGAAGGGGAGUGAACUCUGUAGCUCACCAUUUGGCUAAAUAUGCCUUACGAGUGGUAGAUGAGAAGGUGUGGCAGGAAUCAUUUCCUGACUGGCUAUGUAGUUUAGCUAGUAAAGAUGUAGGAGCACAUGCUCCUGUUUUGUAA